AUGGGAGCUGGCAUGUUAAUGUGCCGAGGGAAGGCAACGCAGGAUUUUAAAGGUCCAGAUUGUCGCUUUGUAAAUUUUAAGAAGGGGGAAGCGGUGUACGUAUAUUACAAACUAAUAGGAAAAUCAACCGAGCUCUGGGCUGGAAGUGUUGGAAGUGAUUUUGGAUAUUUUCCAAAGGAUUUACUUGAAAUAAAUCAUAAUUAUUCCAAUGAGGAGCUAGAGUUACCAACAGAUGAAACAGACUUUGUUUGCUUUGAUGGCGGAAGGGAUGAUUUUGAUAAUUAUAAUGUGGAUGAGCUUUUGAAGCCAUUGCGAGAGACAAUAGCAAAUGAAGGGGAAACUGAAUCAAGUGAUCCAGGGACAAAACCAGCUGAAGGAAUUGAAAGGGAUGAGGAGACUGAACAGGUCGAUACAGUAAAGUCCCUUGGUGCUUUGGAGACAGACAAUCUUGAGCUAAGCACAGAAGACGACGACAAGGAAGCCCUUGCCAUGACAGAGGAAGAAGACAGUUCUCUUACAGAAGGAACUGAAAAUACUGGGGGAGACUCCAGUGUCAAUAGUCACGAAGAAAACUCUCAGGGAGAUCAAAUUGCACAUGAGCACUUGAAAGGAAUGCUACAUGGGAAACUGAAAGGGCUAGAAAGUGAAAAUACCAAAAACACUAGUAUUCCUCAGGGUGAAACCAGUCAACUUGACAAAGAGGGUGAAGAAGUCAAUGCCUAUACACUUUUAAACAGAGAACUCUCUGUGAACUUGAAAACAAAAUUUGGCUCAACUGCUGAUGCUGUUGUAUCAGAUGAUGAGGUGACUGGCCUUGUUACAUCGCUGGAAGAUGAUUUUAAUGAAGAUUUGAGCAUUAAUACUCAUGAUGCAGAGGAGGAGCCAGACUUUGCAGAUCAGUCUGAAGAAAUCCCUUUGCUGUCUUUUACGGCAGAGGAAGAAACUACAUCCCCAGUGGAUUUAGAUGAUGAUGAAAAUGGUGACAUUGAGUCACAAAAUCAUGAACUUGAUGAAGAUGCAAAGGGUGCUACAGAGCUAAAUAACCAAAGAGACAAUGAGGAAGAACACGAUUCAGAUGCAUCAGUUCUUAAGGAUGCCUUCAGUAAGAGCAAGAAGUCGGGUGACAGUGUAAGUGUGGACAGGUUUGAAUCUCAACAAACAAAAGAGAAACAGGAUGAGGUGAUGCUAGUUAGUAAAAGAGAAGCACCAGCAACAACUCAACCUGAGGAUCUCUCCAAAGAACUCCUUAGAAAGGAAUCUGUAGGUGGCGGUGAUCUAGAUUCAAAAGAAAAAACAACCACAAUGGAACAGUUUGAAGAGCAGCUUAUGGUUGAUGGAACUGAGUCACUUACUGAAGAGCUGAAGAGUACAGCUGUGCCUGAUCCUCAUGUUUUGCCUAGUCCAGAAGAUGCUCUGGAGUCCAAAUCAUUGGUUAAAAGCAAGCAAGAUGCUUUAAAACCACCUGUUGGUGAUAUCAACAGAAGUCGAGAAAGAGUGCCGCUUGCUCAAAUAGAGAAAGAUGAGGAAAAGUUUGAGGAUGACACCUUGGAAGACGUCUUGGAAAGUGAUUUAAAGCACAAAAAGUUAUGGGAGAAAACAAAGGAGAAAGGAAGAGCUGAGGACAAGCCUUCUGUUGAUGUUCCAGCCAAACCAGUGGAAGAGGUAAAAAAUGCAUCUCAACGUGACUUAAGAGAUACUGACCUCUUAAAAGAGAAACCGGAACAUGGAAUGCCCGCUGUGGAGAAAGAGCUUCUAAGAGAUGAAGAAGAGUUGAAACAAACAGAGGAGACCGAUCAUGAAAAUGAAAAAACCACCUCUCUUAACAAAGAACCUGAACUAAAAAGGGGAAACACGAAAGAAACUCCUGCAGAGGAGGGAGACACAAGCUAUAGAGGAGCUGUCAAGCAACCUAGGCCAUGGGAAAAUGAGACUGAGUAUUCAGAAGCAGAUGUGAAAGAAGAGCUUUCAAGAAAUCUUGGCAAGAUGACAGCAUUUGAAGAAAGCGUUGAGAAAAGUUCCCCUGAAGAAAAAUCAAAAAGCACUACACAGAAUACUAAUACAGAGAAUCUUACUCAGCAAGGAACUGCUCGUACUGAGGGCGCAGAUUCAGACAGAAAUCUUGGCAGAAAUUUUUCUCAAGAAAAAAGCCUAAGACCUGAAUUGCAAUCUGAAGAGCCAGAUGCUGAAGAUGACCCUGACCUGAAACAAGUAGAAGAAGAGCUACUGGAAGAUGAGAAUGCUGCGAGUGCAAAGCUGUCACAAGCAAAGGCUGCAUAUAUACAGGGCGAUACACUAAAUGUUAAAAGUGCACACCCCGAAUUAGAAGGACUAAGUGAAGCUGUUUCGGGAACUGCAAAUCCUACUUACAAAACAGGAGAGGAAACAAACUCAUUUUCUAAGGAGGCUAAAGAAACGAUCAGCAUGCAAGAUGCAAGCGAGACUGGGAACAAAGAGGUUGAUGUACCAGUGAGUGAAGAUGCUAAAUUGGAUGAGAUAGAACGUGUCAUGGAAGAUGAUGAGGAGUCUUCUGAAGCUGAGGAACCAUCAGCUGUGGAAGAACAUAAUUUCCAAUCUCCUGACACGGAAGACAACAGUGACCUUAACCAAAGGAAAGGUCGUCUCCCAGAGGGCAUUUCACAGAAAGACUCAACAGACGUGCAAAAUUUAGAGCAUAGAAGAAACGACCACCAGCAAUCUGCACAUUUCCCCAGCCCUGCUGACAGCUCAGCAGCCACAAAUGACACUGUAACAGACUUCAGUGAGUCUGUGAAGCGGCUCACAAUAAUGAGGUAUUUUCUUGAUGAAAAGCGUAUAACACGUCUACAAAAGUACCUUGGGCUUCAGCACAUGGUUAGGAUAGAAGCCAUGUUUCACGACAUGAAGGUAGAGAUGGAGCUUGCUCAGAAGGCAAGCCAUAAUAACGAAGAUAUAGAAAAAGCUUUGGACCAGAUACUUGAGUUUUCAGAAUCGAGCAUUAUGGAUGUUGUAGGAAAAGUUCUGGAUUCCAGAGUGGCAGAAAAUAAAGAGGAGGUGGUGAAAGAGAUGGAUUUGUAUGAUGAGGAGAGUGCACUGAUGGAUGAUAUUCAAGAAUUAAUCUAUUCUUUAAGGAGUAAAUAUUCGUCUGCUAGUGAGAGUGUCCCACUUGCAUCUGUUCCAGAACAGGAAGAUGAUCAGCUGCACGUUCAAGAUGUUGCAGAAGAGGCUGAAUAUGACAGAGUUUCCAUCAGAAACCCAAAUGCCAUUGAUGAGAGCAAUUGGGAAUUUCAGCAGCUUAAAGAUAAGAGGCCAGAACAGCCUGUUGAGGAGGAGGAGGAGGAGAGGGCUGUUAAUGUUCCACCUGAGCAUGAAGAGGCCAACUUCUCGGAUAACAGAGAAGCUGAAGAAGGGUAUGAUAGUGAAAGAGGAUUGCUGCUGGAAGAUACUUCCUUUGGCUCAAUUGAUUCAGGACAGAGUGCCAGGGAAGAUAUUGCUGCAGUUGGUGCUCUAUGGCCUUCAGAGAGACGUAUGAUGAGACAGUUGGUUGCUACCCUGCCUGAGGAAAUUCGUCCUGGGCCUGAUUUCCAUGGACUUCCAUGGGAGCCCAUUAUUAUCACUGCCUUAGUGGGAAUUGCCACGCUUGCUAUAAUUUUCUGGAGAACCUGCCUUUCAGUAAAGAGUAGAAUAUAUCAAGUGACUGAAAAGCAGCUUGCUGAAAAGAUUAAAAACCUGCUACAAGAAAAAACAGAAAUCUUAGAAAAGAUGUCAGAAUAUGAUCAAAAGAUAAAGGAAGCAAAGGAAUCUGUGAAAGUGGCCCAAGAACAAAAAGACGUUCUCUCCGAUGAAACUGCAGGGCUUAAGGACACUGUCAAAGAACUAGAAGAAGCAAAUCGUCAGCUGGAUGACAAAGUAAAAAAUCUGCACACGAUGCUUGAAACAGAGAAAAAAAAGAAUGAGAAGAAACAGAACAAGAUCUCUGAAACUCAGAAGUCCUUGGAGAAACUUCAGGAGGCUAUCAGUGUGCAUUCUGUAGAGCUUUCAGAGGUGCAGAUAGCCCUUAAUGAAGCUAAACUAAGUGAAGAAAAGGUGAAAUCUGAGCUUCAUCAUGUGCAGGAAGAGAAUGCUAGGCUGAAAAAGAGCAAGGAGCAACUGCUAAAAGAAGCUGAAGGUUGGAGUGAGAGGCAUACUGAGCUCAGCGAGCAGAUCAAACUGUAUCAGAAGUCUCAGAAGGACAUAGAAGAAGCACUCGCCUACAAGGAAAAUGAAAUUGAAGUUUUAACUAACUGCAUUAUGCAGCUGAAGCAGCUCGACAUGGAUUCAGCAUCUGAGGCCAAGAAGGAUGGUGAAGGGCGUGAGUGGAGCACAGGAGACGAUCUGGCCAAUGGAGAGCUGCCAGAUAAUGAGAGUGAGAAGAUGAAGACUCAGAUUAAGCAGAUGAUGGAUGUCUCCAGGGUAAAAACUAUGUUAUCGAUAGUUGAAGAAGACAGAAAUCUUCUGCAAUCCAAACUGAGCGAUGAAGUAGCAGCAAGACAUGAGCUGGAAGAGCAAAUAAAAAAAUUAGAACAUGACUCCUGUUCACUCCAGUCAGCCAAAGCUCGGCUGGAAAAUGAGUGCAAAACACUACAGCAGAAGGUGGAGAUUCUUGGUGAACUUUACCAGCAGAAGGAGAUGGCACUCCAGAAAAAACUAACCCAGGAAGAGUAUGAGCGUCAGGAGAAGGAGCAGAAAUUGUCGGCUGCAGAUGAAAAAGCUGUGCUGGCCAUCGAGGAAGUGAAAGUUUACAAGCAAAGAAUCCAAGAUAUGGAAGAAGAAUUGCAAAAAACAGAGAGAUCUUACAAAAACCAGAUUGCUGCUCAUGAGAAAAAGGCACAUGACAAUUGGCUUAUUGCCCGCUCUGCGGAGAGAGCUCUAGCUGAAGAAAAGAGAGAAGCAGCCAACCUGAGACAAAAAUUAAUAGAAGUAAACCAAAAAAUCGUCAUGCUUCAAAGACCGUUAAUUGUAAAGCCAACUCCAGGCAGACCCGAUCGCCAAGUCGCACCGCGACGAGGGCCCUUAAGCAGAGAUGGCUCUUUUGGCCCGUCACCUGUGAGUGGAGGAAAUCCAUCCCCCACACAGAUGAUAGAAGUUCCUCCUCGGCCCCUCUCUGCUCCUCGAAGGGAAGGCUCAAGAGGUGAAUUUGGUGCAGUGGUAGAUGGCCCCCCUGCUCCACGAAGGCCACCAGAGUUACCUGGAAGGAUGUCUGUUCCUGAUCUCGGGCCUGCUGUAGCGUCCCUGAUCAGUAGUGGGCCAAGAGCCUCCUCCCCUUCCACAGCAAUGGAUGGCGUGGCUAGUGCUAGUCCCAAAGGCCCACCUUCUUUCCCGGGGACACCCAUCAUGACCUCCCCAGUGAUGGGACCUGCGCCUCCACCGCCUGUUCGCUAUGGACCGCCGCCAGCUCCUCUCCGUGGGCACUUUGGGCCUCGACCUCUCCCUGUGCCCCUAGUUCGCGGUGCUCCCUUGCCACCUCCGGCUGCCAGAGAUUUCUUACCUGGCCCGCCCUUAGGAAUGAGAGAUCUGCCUCCUGGCCCACUACUGCCUCCUCCAGAUCCAAGAGGCUACGGACGUGGGCACCCUCCUUUCCGACCCCUGGGUCCUCCUGGCCCAAGAGAUUAUCCUCCAGGCCCACGGCUACCCCCGCCUGGUUCCAGAGACUAUACGCCUUCUCCUAACAGAGACUUGCCUCCGUCAGGACCCAGAGACCACCCCGCAGGCCCGCCGCCGCCACCGGCAGCCUCAAAGGACUACACACAGCCUCCAGCGCAGAAACCCUAACUGCAGCGUCCGGUCAGCAGCUCAACGGAAUGGACUAGCGCACUUCCUGCAGUCAGGAUUUUAGGAAAUGGUUCUCUAUUUGAAGCCAUUUGUCUCAUUUCGGUAUAUUUCAGCUUUUGCAGGAUUAAUUUUUAUCCAAUUGCUACAGACAUGUGCAUUUAUGAUCACCUUAAACUCAUCCAUCCUCUUGGGCUGCAAGAACCUUUUUGUGAUGGACUUGAAGCUACUCUAAACGUGCAAUAGAAAGGAAGUACCUGUGUGGCUAGUUUUAAUUAAAUGUAGCCUCUGUAACCAGUUGGUGAAUGAACUAAUUUCGUGAAAAAUGUAAAUCAAAUCAUUUCCUGUGGAAAUAAUUUUUAAGUAAAAUGCUAUCCUACCUGCCUUCUCCAUCACAUCAUUAAGCUGCAGUUAUUGUAGGCCAGGGGUUUACAUGAGGACUGUGAGGUGGUUUUUUGGUUUUUUGUUUUGUUUUGUUUUUUUAAAAGAUGUCUGGUCAGAGAUCAGAAGCACAAAUGACACUGUAUUCAAAGGAAAGUUAUAAUAAAAAGCAAAAUUCCUUUUGCU